UUGAUAUUUCCUAAUUACAAAUUCAUCAACGGUGCGAUUAAAAUUAGUUAUUAGUGAAAAUGUGGGAAAAAAUUGUAUUUUUAUCAUUAUUCGGAAUCUCACAAGUAUUUGGUGGCUAUGUAUUUUCAAAAGACUUCGUAUUCGGUGCUGCAACUGCUUCUUUUCAAAUAGAAGGUGCAUGGAAUGAAAGUGGAAAAUCUGAAGGUUGUUGGGAUCAUAUAGCUCAUUAUACAAAUGAAAUUGAUGAUCAUUCAAAUGGUGACGUAGCUUGUGAUUCAUACCAUAAAAUUGAUGAAGACAUUAAAGUUUUAAAAGAGCUUGGAGUUGAUUCAUAUCGAUUUUCAUUGUCUUGGCCGCGGAUCCUACCUGAGGGAUUUUCAAACAAGGUAAAUCCAGAUGGAAUUCGAUAUUAUAAUGAAUUGAUUGAUAAAUUACUUGCAAAUAAUAUAACUCCUUUGGUAACAAUUUAUCAUUGGGAUCAUCCACAAUCCUUACAAUUAUUGGGUGGUUGGACUAAUCCAAGAAUGGUUGAAUAUUUUGCCGAUUAUGCAAGAGUGGCUUUUGAACAUUUUGGUGAUCGUGUAAAGCUUUGGGCAACACUCAAUGAACCUAAACAAUUUUGUAAAGAAAUGAUUUGGGGUGAAGGAAAAUCUCUAGGAUCUGUUGCUUUAGAUGCUGUGGCUCCAUAUUUAUGUGCACACACAUUAUUAAAAGCUCAUGCAAAAGCAUACCAUGUCUAUAAAAAUGAAUUUGCUAAACAAAAUGGAAAGGUGGGACUUGUAUUGGACAUACCUUGGUCAGAUCCUUUGACCAAUACAACAAAAGAUAUUGAAGCAGCAAAUCGCGAUUUAGAGUUUAUGUUUGGAAUAUACGCUCAUCCCAUAUUUGCGAAAGACGGUGACUUUCCAAAAUUAGUAAAAGACCGUGUAGCAAAUAUGAGUAAACUCCAGUCUUUCAGACAAUCACGUUUACCAGAAUUUACAGAAGAAGAAAUUAAAGAAAUUCGAGGUACUGCAGACUUUUUAGGAAUUAACCAUUAUUCUACAAAUUAUGUAAAUGAUGCGAGUGAUGAAAUUGAUGUUCUGACUCCGUCGACGGAUAAUGAUGUGGCAGUCAAGAAGACAGUUGAUCCAAGUUGGCCUGCAAGUGAUAUUUUUUGGUUGUACGAUGUUCCAUGGGGUUUCUAUAAAGCUUUAAUGUACGUAAAGAAUUAUACAAAUAAUAUACCAGUGUAUAUUACUGAAAAUGGUUUUUGCGAGGAAGCUUUAGAUGAUCAAGGGAGAAUUCACUAUUUGAAUGGUUACCUACAAAGUGUAUCUGAUGCCAUUUCGGAGGGUGCCAAUAUUUUAGGUUAUUAUGCUUGGAGUUUAUUAGACAAUUUUGAAUGGCAUCGAGGCUACACAAAAAGAUUUGGAAUGUUUCAUAUCAACUACACGGAUCCAUCCAGACCCAGAACAGCUCGAUCAUCUGUUAAGGUUUAUAAGAAUAUUAUUUAUAAUACCAAAUUAAACAAUUUAUAGAAAUAUUUAUUUUAAUACUUAAGGACGUUUAUUCACCAACCUGUUUUGCUAUGUGCGUUUAUAGGGAAACAGAAUGUACCAUAUUGUACCAACGUUGCUUUUUUCACUUAAAAUUUAACUUAAGAUUAAACGAAAUUAAUUCGA